UUUAGAGAAAGGUGUGAUUUUUAUUUUUGUGGGGUUUGGGAAAAAAAUAGUAAUAAGAAACGACCCUUUUGUUUUAGGGGGGGUUUCAUGCUAUAUAUUAAGAGAAAGGUGGAAAAUUGAGAAAGAGACUUUGUGUAUAAGUCUCACGUGGGAAUAUAUAAAUAAUAUGAUGAUAUAUAUAUACACAUAUGUGUGUGUGUGUGUGUGUGUGUGUGUGUGUCAUAAAGGUGAAUGGAAAGAGUUGUAGAGGGGGUGUGAUAUAAUGUUCUUGUACUUUAAACUUUGAAAAAUUGCAACUCUACUAUGCCUGCCUAGAUAGAGAGGAAAAGAAAGAGGAAAAAAAAGUUUGUCUUCUUUCUUAGGUUUUCCUAGUUCUUUCUUCUUUCUUGUGUGUGAGUGUUUGUGUGAGAGAGAGAGAGAGAGAGAGAGAGAGAGGAGAGAGAGAGUAGAGAGAGAGAGAGAUGAAAAGGGUUGCAGGAGAGAAGGGGUCAUAUAAUAGUGUUGAAGUGUUGGGAUCUGUGAGUUUGGUUUGAAGGUAUAUAUAUAUUUUUUAAGGCGGAUCGGAGGAUUGUGUUCAUUACAAGGCGAGAACAGCUUAUACUGAAUUUCAGCACAAAGGAAAGCCAUGGAAACAUAUUUCCCGAUGCCAAACAACGAAAGAGAUUCCGCCACAAUGCUCUACGCAAGGGACCGUUUGGACGAUUCUCAUUCCGAAUCUCCCGUUUUUCAAGAAAACACGAUAAUGUUUUCAAGUAAUUACACGCCACCGACUUCUUCUUCGGUGCCUAAUUAUGACUCCAAUACUUCCCAACAAGAAAUUCUAUUAAAUUACGGAGGCUCACAAAACAAUAGAAACGAGAUGCUAAUGAUGAACCAAGGCACUGGAUUAUUAUCCCUCAGUCUCAAUUCAAAUGUAUCACCUAUCCAAUACCAGGAUUUUUCGUCGAUUAUUUCCCAUAAUAAUAAUAAUAAUAAUAUUAAUAAUAGUAAUAAUGAUAAUAAUAAUAAUAAUGAUAAUAAUGUUUCUGCGUAUAAUGGUAUGCCGAGUGUUGUGAGAGCUGUUCCGAAUUCUAAGUAUUUGAGAGCGGCUCAACAAUUGCUCGAUGAAGUUGUUAGUGUCAAGAAAAGUAUGAAAGAUCAAAAUGCCAAACGGGAAUUUCCGAAAAACUCGAAACAAGUCGAAGAGGAAUCAUGCGAGGAAUAUCCUUCUUCUUCACCCACAGUUAAGGCGAGCCGGAGUGAGAUUUCCGUGGCUGAAAAACAGGAUUUGCAGAACAAAAUGUCGAAGCUUUUGUCGAUGUUGGAUGAGGUGGACAGAAGAUACAGACAGUACUACCAUCAAAUGCAGAUAGUUGUUUCCUCGUUCGAUGUAAUAGCAGGUGCCGGAGCAGCUAAACCAUACACGGCAGUUGCCCUAGAGACAAUUUCCCGCCAUUUUCGAUGCUUGCGUGAUUCUAUAAACAACCAAAUUCACUUAGCAAGAAAAAGCCUCGGAGAAGAAGAUUCUUCUUCGAACGAUAAUAAAGGAGUUGGAAUAUCUCGCCUUCGCUUUGUCGACCAUCAACUCAGACAGCACAGAGCCCUUCAACAGCUCGGAAUUAUGCAACAACAUGCUUGGAGGCCUCAGAGGGGCCUUCCGGAAACUUCCGUUUCCAUCCUGCGUGCUUGGCUUUUCGAACACUUUCUCCAUCCCUAUCCGAAAGAUUCUGACAAGAUAAUGCUAGCAAGGCAGACAGGAUUGACAAGAAGUCAGGUCUCAAACUGGUUCAUAAAUGCUCGUGUCCGCCUAUGGAAGCCAAUGGUCGAAGAAAUGUACAAAGAAGAAACUGGUGAUGCUGAAAUAGAUUCCAAUUCUUCAUCCGAAACCAUAUCAAGAACCGCUGUAAAAUUAAAACCCUCCAACAAAAACAGAGGAGAAGAUUUUUUGCUGCAAGGGGCGACAAUUUCGACAGACCAGAUUACAGAUAUAGAAAUGAUGGGAUCGGACAGUAAUUCCAUAUUUCAGACAGAACCACCGCAGAUGGAUUACGGGAUUGGGAAAAGGCAAACAACUGAGUCGACUCGUUACCAAGAUUCGGUGGUGGAAUCGAGUUGUGGGAGUGAGAGGUUCAUUACUUCUGCGUACCACAUUUCGGAUAUGGAGAGAUUUGGUAGUGUUAGUGAAGUGUCUCUCACACUAGGACUGCAGCAGUGUGAGGGUGGUUUUAUUCCCUUGAGAGAGAGUGAUGCUUAUAAUGCAUCGGCUUCAGCUAUGGGGACUGAAAACGCAGAAUUUGAUCGAAGAAAUCAAUUUAUUUCGUCUCUCCUCCCAUCGUUUACGUGAUUUUUUUUUUAUGUGAAAAUCCGGGAGUGAUUGUAGAAAAGAUUGGUUGGACAGAUUAUAUAUGUAAAGAAAUGUGUGUUUUGUGUAAUGUAAAAUCGAGAAUACGAUGUUUUUUGUGGCAUCAAA